ACACCGCCAACAAGCAGCAGCGAGUCCCGCGGCAGCCUGGUCCUCUCACAAGGGAAUAAAAUAUAAACCGCUCCGUACUCCGAAAUCAAGCAGCUACAGACAAGCAAGGUCAAGGUUGUGUCUGGGACACAGGAGCUGCAUUCGCACAAAAAAACGCUGUCUUCUGUAGUCUGAAAAUUAAACUCAGACAUCUGGGUGUCAGAAUGACCUGCGCUGUCAUGGCCUGGCUUCCUGUUCUCUCCCUCUCCCUUCUGCUGUUGUGCGUCAGGGACUCAGUGUCCCUCUUCCUGCCUGAUUCGAAGGAACUCAGACAGCUGUUGAGCCGCUACGAGGAGGAAAUUGACCAGAACAGCAACAGCAACACAACUGGCAAUAGGAACCGGCGAGCCAUCCGCUGGUCAGACCGUGAGGAGAUUGUCCUGCUUCACAACAAGCUGAGGGGCAGUGUCUACCCCACUGCCUCCAACAUGGAGAACAUGGUAUGGGACGAUGAGCUGGAGCGGUCUGCCACUCACUGGGCGGAGGCAUGUCAUUGGGAUCAUGGACCUCAGGACCUUCUCAUGUCUAUUGGACAGAACCUGGCUGUACACUGGGGCAGAUACCGGUCCCCUGCCUUCCACGUCCAGGCCUGGUACGAUGAGGUGAAAGACUACACCUAUCCCUACCCCCAUGAGUGCAGCCCCUGGUGUCCAGAACGCUGCUCCGGGCCCAUGUGCACCCAUUACACCCAGCUGGUCUGGGCAACCACUAGCCGUGUUGGCUGUGCUGUGCACGUGUGUCCAAGGAUGAACGUGUGGGGAGAAAUAUGGGAGAAUGCCGUUUACCUUGUGUGCAACUAUUCCCCAAAGGGCAACUGGAUCGGUGAGGCUCCGUACCAGCAUGGCCGCCCUUGUUCCCAGUGCCCUCCCAGCUAUGGAGGAGGAUGCAGGAAUAAUCUGUGUUACAAAGACUCUCAGCGCUCAGAGACAGAGGACAUGAAUGAGGUGGAGAGGCCUCAGGUCCCACUCCCACCUCGCACCACCGCCAAACCUGUCCCCAAACCCAAACCCUCUGCUCCAAAGAAACCAGUGUCCAGGCUCAACAUUCCCAAGACUCCAUCUUCAAAGACUCCCAGUAGCACCUUCCUGGUUCAGAACAUUAAGUGUGAGACUAGACUGCGAGAUAAGUGCAGAGGAGCAACCUGCAACAGAUAUAAGUGUCCUGCUAACUGCCUGAAUAAAAAAGGGAAAGUUUGGGGGACUCUCUUUUACGAUGUGCAAUCAAGCAUCUGCCGUGCUGCUAUCCAUUUCGGCGCGAUUGACAACAACGGAGGAGUGGUCGACGUCACAAGACAGGACAAGUUUCCAUUUUUUGUCAAAGCCACAAAGAAUGGCAUUGAGUCUUCCAGCAAAUUUAAACCUGGCAAUGCAUUUGUGGUGGCCAGAGUGGAAGAAAUGACCGUUGACUGCUACACCACAGUUGCUGAAAUCUGCUCAUUCAAGAAGCCUUUCUCACACUGCCCAAGAAUCUCCUGUCCGACCAACUGCAAAAAUCAGCCUUCCUCUUGGUCACCAGUGAUCGGGAACAACAUCUAUACAGACCACUCCAGUAUUUGUAGAGCAGCCAUCCAUGCAGGGGUGAUCAAAGCAGAUGGGGGCAUUGUGGACGUUUUGCCCCUGGACAAGAGAAAGAAGUAUAUUGGCAUCCUGAAAAAUGGCAUCCAGUCUGAAAGCCAGAGCAAUACAGAUGGAGGCUCUUUCCGUGUCUUCGCUGUGAGGGAGUGAGAUUCCAGCUGAGAAGUCCAAACACCAACAGAGUCACCUCAAUUGCUCUGGAAGAGCAGGAAGUGCCCGCAGGUUGGAUACCAUGGCUAUUCAUCUGUCUCUGUGCCUUCAGUGGGAGCAAAAUGUCCUAUGUCUUAACAGUUUGACAGACCCCUUCCUCUCCAGUUAAUAAACAGUAGCCACACAGUAAAAGUCAUCCAAUAUUUUGAUGGACCUUUAUUUCCUCAACUUUUAACUCCAGAUAUAGUAUAUAGAUAUUUCUUAAUCACUUAAUCUGUGAAUACAGAAUGUUUUUAUAUAUUUUAUGAUGCAUUGAACAGCUGGUGCUGGAUCUUUUGUUUUGACAUUUGCCAAGUUUUGAGAUCAACAUGUUUAGCAGAAAGUAUUAUGUUUACAUUGAUGUUCAUAUUACAACGUUUAAAUUGGUUUUCAUACACAGGAAUGUUUACUGAUCACACUGUAUUUAAUCAAUAUGUACAGAAUAUAUGAUAUUUUGGUUGUAUGUUUUAAAAAAAAUGGAGUACAGUAUACAUUUUUUAUGCUCUAUUCUAUUUGUAUUAUAUUUUAUUGCCUUCUUCUGCUCACUUGGAUAAUCUUUACUUUUCUAGUCUUGAAGAUUUAGACUGUGAAACCAAAAGUCUAAAUUGUAUUUAUAAAUUAAAUGGAGGGAUGAUAGUGUUUCAUUGAGGAGGGAUGUUUUGUUGGCUGGGUAGAUACUACAGAAGAGGAAAAAGUGUGGUAAACGGAAGUGUUUACAGGCAGCAAGUGCUGCUGUGGGGGAAUAAUGUUUCCCUUAAAAAGGCUGGUGUCACUUCAGUGCCAGACAUGUGGAGGUGAUUAAGAGAAGGUGUUACAUUGCUCUGUUUGCUGUGGAGUCAGCGAUAGUUGUUGAGGAUGGGCCUCAAGAAUGGCGGCAAUAUUGUUCGAUGUAUUCGAUGACAAUCACAGACAGCAGAUAUGUUUAAAAUAAUAAGCAGUCAUAUGUCAUUUCUGUAUUUAUUGUUGCUUGCUGCUUUCCUCAUUUCCUGUUUUUGGUCACUGUAUUAUAUAUUAAAAAAAUAAUUGCCCCCCUCCCACACCUAAGACAGAUGAAUGUGUCACAUGUUUCAGAUGUUUCAGGUACAGAUUUUUUUUUUGUGUAGAGAUUAUUUUGAGGUGUGUGAAUGUGCUUAAGAAUCUCAUCAUCAAACUGCAAACUGCAACAAUUUACACUUUGCAGUGCAAGAGGCAGACAUCUCUAAUGUCCAUAACUGUAGUGGAUUGAGGCACUGUUGCCAUUGGUACAGCCCUGAUUUUAAGGAUUUUCAUUUAUCUUUACACUAUUGUAGUGGCACUUAAAUUGACAGAAAAGCAUGGUUAGCAUCCCUCCGGGAAACUGACUUCAGAACUGGUUUGGCAAGUUCUGAAUUAAUACCAUCAAGCCUUGUUGCUGUAACCUUUGAUUUCCGCCAGGAUACAAACCAUGUUAACAGAUUGGUUUUAGAGUAAGUACACAAAUAGCUGGCCAAGAAUAAAAUGUCUCAGUAACUUUAAAAUCUCUUCCUUCAAACAUAUUGCAACUUUAUCUCUUUAUUCUACCUCAGUCCUAUCGCAACGCUAGGCAUUUAGGUCUUUCUAUAUGGGAUUUUUUAAAUGGGAAAUUAUAAAAGUUUUGUAAAGUUAUGGGAACUGUAAAUACUUUUUUGUUCAUGGAUCGUCCUUUAUGCAGCAAGAUUAUAAUUAAACUGUGUGAAUUUGUUUUAAUUGUCUUUGUUGUAUCAUUUUUAUACAAGUGUAGGAUGGGUUCUAUAUUUUUUGCACAACGUGAAAAUAAAGUAUGACUUACAAAUACUUCA